AUGGCCGGGCUGUGGGGUGCGCCGGGCGGGACCCCGAAGGGCAAUGACAGCUCGCUGCUCAAUGCCUCUCAGCGGGCCCCGGGAGGCGGGGAGGGCGCAGGGCCGCGACCCUCCUGGGUGGCCUGCACCCUUGCCUUCAUCCUCAUCUUCACCAUCGUGGUGGACGUCCUGGGCAACCUCCUGGUCAUCCUGUCCGUGUAUCGGAACAAGAAGCUGAGGAACGCAGGAAAUAUAUUUGUGGUGAGCCUUGCAGUUGCAGACCUGGUGGUGGCUGUUUACCCCUACCCCUUGGUGCUGACAUCUAUAUUUAACAAUGGAUGGAACCUGGGCUAUCUGCACUGCCAAAUCAGUGGUUUCCUGAUGGGCCUCAGUGUCAUUGGCUCCGUCUUCAAUAUCACUGGAAUUGCUGUUAACCGUUACUGCUACAUCUGCCACAGUCUCAAGUACGACAAGCUGUACAGUAACAAGAAUUCCCUCUGCUACGUGUUCCUGAUAUGGACGCUGACGCUCGUGGCGGUCAUGCCCAACUUGCGUACCGGAACCCUGCAGUAUGACCCAAGGGUCUACUCCUGCACCUUUGCACAGUCUAUCAGUUCAGCAUACACCAUAGCUGUGGUGGUUUUCCAUUUCAUCGUUCCCAUGACGAUAGUCAUCUUCUGUUACCUAAGAAUAUGGAUUCUGGUUCUUCAGGUCAGACAGAGGGUGAAACCCAACAAUAAACCCAAAAUGAAACCACAGGACUUCAGGAAUUUUGUCACCAUGUUUGUGGUUUUUGUCCUUUUUGCCAUUUGCUGGGCUCCUCUCAACUUUAUUGGUCUUGCUGUGGCUUCAGACCCUGCCAGCAUGGGGCCCCGGAUACCAGAGUGGCUCUUUGUGGCCAGUUACUACAUGGCAUAUUUCAACAGCUGCCUCAAUGCAAUCAUAUAUGGGCUACUGAACAAAAAUUUCAGAAAGGAAUACAGAAGGAUUAUAGUCUCACUGUGUUCAGUCAGAAUAUUCUUUGUGGAUAUUUCAAAUGAUGCAGCACAUAGGGUUAAGUGCAAACCCUCUCCAUUAAUGACCAAAAAUAACCUAAUAAAAGUGGACUCUGUUUAA